GAGUACAUAUUAAAUGGAGGAGAAACAGAGAGUGUGAGGAGAGAAAUAGAGAUAUAUAGCCUUACACCUUUUUUUUUGUUUUUUUUUUAAUCAAAAGCAUAAUAAGGAGGAAGCUCAUAUUUAUCAAAUAACAAAAUAAUAAAUAAAACAAUAUAAAUGCCCAGUUAUCAUGACAUUUUUGUAAAUAUAUCAACAACAGUGGAACCCAUAUUCAAUAAAAAAUUAUUGAUUUAUUUACAACUUUACUAUAAUUUGUUUAUCAUAUUGAUAAACUUGAAUUUGCUCCAUAAUAACCGGUAAAGCGUGAAAUCGAGUAAACAACAAUUAGUCAAUAGAUAAUUUCAUGUGCAUUUCACUUGCAUUUGAGUUAUUUUGUUGAAUAAUGAAAUUCAUGCUUUUUAGAACCAAAACACUAUUCAUAAGCCAAAAUAGAAGAAAUAGAAUAUAUAUAUAGCAAGGAUAAAACAGAAUAUAGAAAUAGUCUUCCACUCUUUACUAAAAAAAAAAAGAGAAGAAGAAAUAGUCUUCCCCUCUUAAGAUCACUUCAGAGCAGUUUUAAUCAUUUAGAUAGAUCGUGAGAUCAAUUCAUUCAUACUCUCUUCAAUCUUCCUUGUUUGUAAUGUCCAUGUCACAUACUCUGUAUAUAACAUACUAUAAAAAAACAAAAAACCACGGCGAUGCCAAACGAUUGAACGAACCCUCAUGUUAAAUACAAGUCUUUGUUAAAAACUUCUUUAAUUUCUAUAUUUUUUUUAUUUAGCAUAUUGAAAAAAAUUAAUUAUAUAUAGAAAGAGUAGUCUUCAAUACUUCCAUAAAGAUAUGUUUAAAGUGAAUUUGAGGGAAAUUGGUAGUCUCUUCCAAACCCUAAUUAAUUAGUAUAAUUAGAAAAAUUGAUUGUCUCUUCCAAACCAAACGGAUCGAUGGACCUUCAGCAAUCAAUCUCCGACAUAACGGACGUCUCAUUGAUUCUAACCGGAGGUGUGUUGUCGUCCAAUGAGGCGAAAAACAAAAACAUGGUAAUGUCACCUAUCUCACUCCAUGUAGUACUGAGUUUGAUCGCUGCUGGUUCAUCCGGCUCGACUCGUGAUCAGCUUCUGUCGUUUCUCAAGUCCGAUUCCCCCGAUCAUCUCAACAAGCUUUGUUCGGAACUCGUUUCACUCCUCUUCGCCUAUGGCAGCGCCAUUGGUGGGCCCAAGCUGAGCUAUGCCAAUGGAGUUUGGGUGGAUCAAACACUUCCUCUUAAGCAUACCUUUAAACAAGUUGCUGAUCAUCUUUAUAAAGCUGAUUCUAAUCAAGUUGAUUUUGUCAACAAAGCAAUUGAAGUGGUUGCGGAUGUGAAUUCCUGGGCUGAGAAGCAUACUAGUGGCCUUAUUAAAGAGUUGUUGUCUCCUGAUUCCGUUGAUAACCAAACUAGACUUAUCUUGGCAAACGCAAUUUACUUUAAGGGUUCAUGGUAUAAGAAAUUUGAUGAAUUUCUAACAAAGGAAGAUGACUUUUACAUGCUUAAUGGUAGCUCAGUUAAGGUGCCUUUUAUGACCACCAAAAAGAAGCAAUACAUCAGAGCUUUCAACGGAUUUAAAGUCCUAGGCCUACCUUAUAAACAAGGAGAAGAUGAACGUCGAUUUUCCAUGUAUUUCUUCCUUCCAGAUGCGAAAGAUGGGCUUCUAGCCUUGGUACAUAAACUAAGCUCUCAACCAGGUUUCCUAAAUGAACACCUUCCAUUCGGAAAAGUUGUUGUGGGUGACUUUAAGCUUCCUAAGUUCAAGAUUUCGUUUGGAUUUGAAGCUUCUGAUAUUCUCAAGGGCUUAGGACUAGAACUUCCCUUUAUGGAGGGUGGCCUCACCGAAUUGACAGACUCACCUCAAGGUAAAAAAUUAUAUGUUUCUAGCAUUAACCAGAAAUCUUUUAUUGAAAUCAAUGAGGAAGGUACCGAAGCAGCUGCUGCUACUGCUGGUAAAAUGAGAUUAAUGUGUUUAAAAAGAUAUAAAACAUUGGACUUUGUGGCUGAUCAUCCAUUCAUGUUUCUUAUCAAAGAAAAUGUGACUGGAGCUGUGCUAUUCUCUGGACAUGUUGUGAAUCCUCUUGAGAGUUGAAAAGUUUGAGUUUGAGUCGUUUAAGUUUGAGUUUGUGUCUGAGUCAUUUCAGUUUGUGUUUGAGUGUGAAACAAUAAUAAUCCCAAACAUUUAUAAACUUGUCUAUUCCACAAAACAUUUCAUGCUUUGUUUUGAUUAGUAUAUUUGGCAGCAUUAAUUUAAGGAUUUUUUUUUUUGUGAAAACUACCUUUUAAACUCCAGGUUUUGCGAAAAACUACCCUAAAAACAAAAUGUUGUAAUAAUUAACUACCUUAUAAAAUAUAAAACGUUGUAAUUGACUACCUUCUACCGGAAUGACAUAUUUGACUUUUAUUUCCCGACGUUGAUCAUGUCACGUACGUGAGGGUCACGUGACCCUUUAAUGACUUAAUUCCCCUCUUUUACUGUCUUACACCAAUUCAACCCAUAUAAUUAUCAAAGGGGUUGCAAAUAAACAAU